AUCACAAAUAGCAGCUAUCAAUUGUCUCAUCCUACGCACAGAAAAAAGCCCUGUGAGCAAGGCAGCAGGCCACAUGCUGUCUUGGUAAAUGUUCAGGGCUGGUAUGUCAUGAGGUAACUUGGGAUCGAUACAUCAAGAGACUGCAUAUACUGUAUUUCGCAGUAACGUAUCUGUCCGACUACUUCUAUCAUUGUAAUAAUCACAAGAAUAAUGAUAAUAAUUGUUAUAACACAUGAAGCAUAUCAUGAAGCAUGCGCCCGCCCAUCAUAAGAUAUAAUGCCAACCGCAUUAACGUUUUCGAUCGUAUACGGAGGAUUUAUAGGCCGGUAUUUUUAUUUCUCUGCUUGCUAUUUUCUAUUUUCACGACUGCCUCUAUGACAAGAGCCCACCCGUUUCAAUGCACGAAGCCAUUAUCAUCAUAGCGAGCAACACCAGCGCAAUUGAUUUUUUUUUUUUUUUGCGUAGUCAGAGCGACUCCCAUUUAGCAUUUAUAGCGGGCAGAGGUAAGCAACACCGGCAUGUGAAGUAAUGAAGCUAACCUCAUACAAGAUGGUACAUCGACGGAAAAUUUCAGAGGAGAUUGGCCAGCCGUACACCGGGAAGAGUGCGGAUACCUGACCAUCCUGUUUAUGCAACAUCGAGUAGACGCGUGGGCUUGCACUCCGCGUUGUGCCCCUUCCGGUGGCAGUUGUCAGCCUGCUCCUCGCUUACCCUUUCCUGUUAAUUGUGUUUAUGUGUUCAAAACAAAUAAUGGAAUGCGGCCGCCAUGGUUGGCAGCCGAACUCGCGACUUCCUUCUGAGCUACAAGAAGUGAUGAUGGUGACGAUGAAGCCUCAAUUAAUGGCACAAACCCGCUUUCGGGGAUAGUGAUUAAGCCACCGUGGCAAGCACGCCAAAAAGAAGUUGAAGCGUGCCUACACCUUUUGUUUUCGCGAGCUCGCGCGCUCGAGCGCCCCCGGCCCCGCCGCUAGGAGCCAAUACAGAAGAAGCAGCGUUCGGUUCUAUUGGAAGGGCGGCCAACGGUAUGCACCAGCAGUCGUCGCAGUCCGAGAAUAUGGGGUCGGCGGCGGGCCCCGUCUCGGGCUCACGACGUUCGGUGGCCUUUACGGGUGCCUUCCGAAUGUCCCGACGGGACCUCGUCGCCACGGCCCUCCUCGUCUCGGGUGCGUCGGCCAUCGUCGUCACCGCCGCCCUAACGGUCCGCAACCGCAACCGCCCCGAGCCGCUGCCGUCGCUGCUAGACCUGAAGCCACCGCGGGAGAACCCCUGGCAGACCCGACACAUGCCCCUCUACUUCGAGUGCGAGUCUAGUGCGUGUCGCGCUACGGCCGAAGACCUGAGGAAGAACGUCGCCUGGUCCCUGAACCCUUGCGCGGAUUUCUACGAGUACGUCUGCUCUAGCGACCGAACACAGACGAACGUCUACGACCACGCCGUGGCCCACUACCUGCGCGAAGUGCGGGAGGUCAUUCGCAAGUACCAAAACCUCGGCUUUUUCUCCAGGACCGCGAUGUCGAAAAAGAUCACCCGUUUCUUCAGCGCCUGCCAGUCGAACCAGUUGCAGCUGUCCUCGUGGAGGUCGCAGCUGGCGCACGUGUGGCAGUACCUAGACCUCGCCGGAAACCUGGCGGGAGUGGAGAGCAUGUUGGCCACGUUCUCGAGGGUGCUCGAGGUCUUUCCCGUCGUUCAUGUCGCCGUGCUCGAGGCGUCGCGUCGGACGUGCGUAGUCCUCAGCAAACCCGACGGUAAGGGCGCCGACCGCCUUUUCCAGGUGCCGCACGCGUUCUCGACCUCGUUCCCGCAUUUCGCGGCGGACCUCUUGGGUCACACGGGGAAAGUGCCCGACGACGCUAACGACCUCAUCAACUCUGCGGCCAAGAUGGAAGCCGAACUACAGAAGUACUCGGGCCCUCAGGGUGAGCAGUACUACCACCUUCACGAGUACGGCGACAUCCCCGCUUCGGAGGUCGGCAACGGCAGCGCUGCCUUCGACUGGACAACGUACCUGAGGAACUUUCUCACGGGCGUCGUUUCCGUGAAGGCUGACUCGUGCGUCAUCGUCAAGUCUCCGGCGUACGUGAGGCACGUCGUAAAGGCCUUCGGCAAAGUCUCGAAAAAGGACGUGCGCUCGUUUCUCAAGCUGAGGGCAGCUAUGGCGCUGAUGCCCUUCCGCAGGCUGGCGGACGCUCCUGACAAAGAAGACAUGGAAAAACUCUGCACGCUGGCUACGUACAAGCUCUACCGCUAUGCUUUCCUUAAGGAGUUCAACGACACGCAGCUCCUGCAGGUGUUUGUCAGCGCUGGCGAGAAGGAAGUCAUUGUGAGGAUGUCCUACAGGAACGUCAUUACGGAUGCCCUGCCCGCGUCCAAGAGCAAGAACAAGGUGGAAGAGGCUAUGAAGAGCGCGAAAUCCAAGUACUUCCGGAUCAUCAAGGACGUCGAUCACUACUACUACAGUGACGCCACAAAACCUGACAAGGAGAUCGCCUACAACUACGUCCAGGGGCUGGGAUCCAUGACGCAGUCCUGGCUGCGGGUCGUGGUCGCUUCCGGGGGCAAGAUCCAGGACAACCAGUUGAAUAUCCGCUGGGACUUUGACCCAGACACGAACAAGCUCGUCGUUCCCGUCUCCAUCGGUCAUAUGAAGCUGAAAGCUGACAAGGAGUUUUUCCUGGAGUCCACAGGUCUCGGUGGCGCCAUGGUGCAAUUCCUGUACAGGGCAUUCCACGAAAGGGCGCUCUUCUCAGCCAGAAACGCGAGUGAGCAAGACCGCCACAACAAAACGGCAACAGCUUGCCUGGAGAAGCAGUACGGGUCAAAGACUGUGAACGAAACGAAGGUCAACGGACGCCGUGUCUUGAGGGCUGUAGCCGCCGACAAUGCCCUUGUGCCGGUGUUGCAUAAGGCCUUCAAGACAUCGCUGUACAUCCACAAGAUCGAGGUAAUCAACUACAAGAGGCUGGAGAUGUCGCUGGCCAACCUUCCGGACGUGGACGCAGACCAGCUGUUUUUCUUGAUGUACGGCCAGACCUUCUGCGAACCGCACGAGGACACCGCCAGGGUCCUGGCACAGGCACCAUGGCCUCCAGCAAAGAUAAGACUCAACACCGCUCUGGCCAACUACCCGGAGUUUGCCAAGGCUUUCAAGUGCGGCAAUGGUACAGCUAUGAAUCCAAAGAAGCGCUGCUCGGUUUUCAGCUCCCAUUAAAGUGUUGUCAGAAAAUGUUCUUU